GGUCUAGUCUCUGAAGUCGGAGAACUGCCUCCGGGGCCUUAUCCUUCCACCACCGUAGAAUCCUCCUCUCAACUGAUGGCUCGCUUUUGCAUAAUUCGCGUUUAAAUCUUUUGCGAAUCUCACCGGCAGGAAGAAUGGCGAUCUCAUCUUCUCUCUCUCACCCGCUCUAUGCCUCGUUUCGUCCUCAACCCCCGGCCAAAUCCAUCAGCCUCGGAUUCCGUACUCCCUCCAUUUUGAGGUUCCAGGGAUCAGCAACAUGUCCUAAGCCCUGCUACUUAAAUUCAAUUGUUAAGUCGAAUGGAAUCUUCAGGCAUGCAAGGGUUAAUAAUAUCUCUUGCAGUAUAAGCAUGGCUGCAGGAAAGUCGGACGAUCCUGAAAGGAUAAACUUAAGGCAACUAGCGAACAAAGCAACAAAACUGUGGGGUAGUUGUCCUGAGCCCGUGAGGAGCUUCCCUUGGAACACGGCGUUCAACAACUUCAUACAACUCCUGCUUGAUCUGACAGUGACUGUUGUCAAGUACCUGACUGUGCCAUUACUGCUGAUUACCACCCUGAGUGAGAUGUCAUAUUGUGCCCAUCAUAAGAAGUUGGUCCUUGUCACGUUUCCACUACUUAUCGGCUUUGCUGUUGCUGGGUUCUUAAGAGAUUCUGCUUUGGAACUGUCUCCACUCCUCAAGGAUGCGGAAGUUCCAUGGCAUUUGAUUGCGAUUGCAGCGCUUUUUGCAUUAAUCAAAUUGCCAGGCCCGUAUUACCCUUUCUGGGGCCGCAUAUUCAUUCCACAUAUGGCCAAUGGAGUGUUAUGGAGGACUUUGUGGUUUGCCUUCAUGUGGAAUCGAAGACCCAGAAAUGCAUAACAAUCAUCCAACCCAGGUCAUUCGAGAAAGCGGAUGACCUUCUAAUUUUCAGCGGUAGAUCGCAGUUGAUUUAAUCCUCGUUAAGCAGUCGCAAUGGUUUCUGUCUUAGGAAGCUUUGCUUGCAUACAUUCCUUUUGUACCACCAACAAAUUUUGAGUGCUAU